CCGAGGAGUCGGUGGAGGAGGUUUUGAAAUCGCCGUCGAGCAGCCCGCACACAAACACCACCACCACCAACACCACAACAACAACGACGGUGAGAUCCCGGGUGCUGUUGCCCAACUCGCUCAGUGGACGAACAUCAACCAUAACAACAACAACAGCAGCAGCAGCAGCAGCAACCACAACAACAUCAAAAUCCGUCCAUCGUUCAGCAACCCAUCCAAGACGCCGUUGCACGUGCGCGUGUCCACUUCGAGCGCGUUCGUAAAUCCACACACUGGAUGAAGAGCCUCCUCCACACGCCGGGCUGUUUGACUUUGUCGUGCUACUGACACCUCCCUGGUGGACUCAUCAUCUUCACCCAGGCGUCUUCGCCGAGGAGCGAUGGAGUGGGACUGAACUCUGCGCUCACCUGUGACCUACGACUCCCAAGAGCUGUGGGUUUGAACGGUGGUGAUGGUGGUGGUGACUGGUGGGAUGGGGUUGAUGCAAUGUGGCAACGUCCCUCGACACGCGUACCCCUAAUCGACGUGAUCGCUGGACAGCUGGACACGAGGAGGAUGGAGAACGAUGUGGUGAUUGCGUCGGUGGUGGUGAUUUUGGUGGUGCUGGAGAUGGAGUUGCAGCUGAAGUAAAAGGGUCCGACCUGCACCAGCGACCGGUGGCCCCGCGCACAACAUCCCGAACGGAACGACGACCGGGCGAAGGUGAAGCGUACGACGCACUCGCUUCCCAACUCGUCGGGGGCACCGGGGUCACAGGAGGACCAGCGGCAGGGUCGGACAGCAUGCGCCCGCGCCACCACCUCCGCCGCCACCACCGCCGCCACCACGAGGACAACCGCCUCCACCGCAGGGAACCCGAGAGCCCGGCGCUGCCGCCGACCCCGUCGCCGUCGUCGACGGCGUCGGCGGUGGUGACGGCGGCGGGAGAGGGCGCGGCGGAGGCCACGAUCUGCGCUCGCUAGCGAGGGUCGGGGGGUGAGGCGGGGGGGGGGGGGGGCGCCAAGCAUGCUUGCGCUGCCCCACGACGAGACGGCGGCCGAGACGUUCCACGUGGUGUACAUCGCGCUGGAGCUCGUGCUGGCUCUGCUCGCCAUCGGCGGCAACGUGCUGGUGUGCUGGGCCGUGCGGCUGAACCGCGCGCUGCGCAACCCCACCAACUAUUUCCUGCUGUCGCUGGCGGCCGCCGACAUCGCGGUGGGGCUGCUCGCCAUCCCGUUCGCCGUCACCAUCAGCGCCGGCUUCGCGUGCCACUUCCACGGCUGCCUCUUCCUCGCCUGCUUCGUCCUCGUGCUCACGCAGAGCUCCAUCUUCAGCCUCCUCGCCAUCGCCAUCGACCGCUACAUCGCCAUCCGCCAGCCGCUGCGGUACAACGCGCUGGUGACGAGCAAGCGGGCGCGCGGCGUCAUCGCUGUGUGCUGGCUGCUGUCCUUCGUCAUCGGGCUCACUCCGCUGCUGGGCUGGAACAACUGGGACGAGUUGCACGAGUGCGGCAGCGACGGACAACCGCCGGACGCCACGAAGUGUCGUAACGGCACGCAGGUGCACUGCCUGUUUGAGAACGUGGUGAACACCGACUACAUGGUGUACUUCAACUUCUUCGGCUGCGUGCUCGUUCCGCUGCUGGUGAUGCUCGCCGUGUACGCGCGCAUCUUCCUGGUGGCGCGGACGCAGCUGCAGCUCAUCGAGGGCCGAAGGCCCAAAGCGCCAAGCGGCCAGCAACAAGCAGCACUAUUGAAGAAGGCCGGCAGCAAGGCCCCAGGCGGCGACCGCCGGCGCAACCUCCUGCAGCGCGAGGUGCACGCGGCCAAGUCGCUCGCCUUCAUCAUGGGGAUGUUCGCGCUCUGCUGGCUGCCGCUGCACGCGCUCAACUGCGUCCACCGCUUCUGCCCCGACUGCGUGCGCCCGCCCUGGGCCAUGUACGGCGCCAUCCUCCUGUCGCACGGCAACUCCGUCGUCAACCCCGUCAUCUACGCCUUCCGCCUGCGCGAGUUCCGCGCCACCUUUCGCCGGAUCCUGUCGCGCUGGGUGCUGCCGCCGGCACUCCCGUGCGGGCGGCGCCGGGGCGGGAGCCGCGCGCGGCGCCGCCCGUGCCGGAGCGAUUGCGGCGGAGGAGGAGGAGGGGGAGAUCCCCGCCUGACACGGAGCGCCGUCGGGCGCGUAGCCGCGGCGGCGCUCCGCGGCGACCUCGAGGACGGUGCCGCGGCAUCAUCGGCGGCGUCGUGCCGGGCGAGCGACACCUGCCUCUCGGCGCUGGGCAGCGCGCUCAACAGCGCCGGCACGAGCCCCUGCACGUCCGUCGUGUCGUACUCGGUGUCCUACGUGAAGAACGGCGGCGCCGGGAUGCCCGCCGCCUGCGCCUCCGCCGUGACGCUGGCGCCCGACGACGACGCCGACGGCGCCGACGGUGCCGGCGGCAGCCUGUGCAGCGACGAGCAGGAGGUGUGUACGGUGACGGUGUCGGGACGCCCGCGGAACGGCGACUCGCUGAGCCCGCCCGGAAGGAGCCGGGGGGGCGGCGCCGAGACGGCGGCAAGUUUUGCGACGCCGCGGCAGAACGGAUUUGUGGAGGAAGGGGAGCGCGGCUCCCAGCUGCCAAACUCGUGACCCGGGCAGGCACGCGCAAUCAUCGGCGCGCACGCGCGCACGCACGCACGCAUGCACCGGCCAGCGAGGAUUUGGUGUCGGGAACAAAUGAAAUUGAUUACGAGAGUGAGAGGCCCGGUGUCGAAAGCCAGGGAUUACUUUUCGCACCCAAAUGUUGUUCUCCAGGUCGCUUCGGAGAUUAGGACAGGCGGCCGGUGCGCAGCCGCGACAAGAGGUUUACCGGGCGUGGUGUGCCGGGGGCGGACGUGGGUUUUUCCAGGUCGUCGACCGAGACGGCCCCACGGCUGAUAUUACCAAGCCCCUUGGCAAAGGUCCAAGAGGCUAUUGAACGCACGCACGAAGCAGGAAUGAGUGAGCGGUGUUCGGAAUAUCGAUGGACUCGGCGUUACGUUUUGUCGCGAGAUGCGUUUUCGUACCGGAGGUCUCCGUCCCGGCGUGAUUUUCGUCGGCGCAUUCCCGAUGCAAGUUUUAGAUAUUGAAAAGCUUUGAGAACACCUGAGGUCAACGUUUGGACUUCUAAGGAACUAGUGUUUUUUUAAAUAUAUGUAGAGCUGAUCACUUGCCAUCUUGUGGGAGACACGAGAGGACCUGCGUUGUUUUCUGACCCCUACCCCUCCCCCCUCUCCAUCACUGUGCAAGUCGAGACGAAGAACGCUGCGCACGUUCCGAUCCGUCAAAGUCAAAGCCCAGUCCCACGGCUCGAAGGAGCGCUGAGCCGGUGCGCACCUCCCGUUUACAAGCCGCUGCUGGGAAAUUACACAUGAUUAUGGCGAGCCACUUUACGGGAAAACCACCGUUGACUUUCCCAAAUCGCCGCAGUUAUUUUACCGACCCCGCCACCCACACACCCCAGAGGGGAUGAGCGGUUGAGUCAACCGCCACCCGGGAUUUGAACUCCGCGACCUUCCGAUUGCGAGCUGUUGGCUACUUCGCCAAGUCGGUAGCGGGCGAACGAAGCCUCUUGCGCAUCUCGUUCACAAACCAGACCCUCCUUCGAAAGCGUGAUGGCUCAGCGUUGUAAAAGUAAAAAAGAAACAUUUGUUAUCCAUUACAUUUCUAGAUCCCGCUCACUCCGAGCGAGUGUUUUUGCGCCUGGCACCCGUCGACCUGAGCCGCGCUGAAAACGAACGGGGAGCUGAAACCGCCUCGACUCAGCCCAGUGGCUUCCCAAGUCGUCUGCCGAGGGUAUAAACCGUGCUCGCCUCAACUUUGUUUAUUAUGUAGAACCAUGCUUAGACAUGAUUCUACGUAAAUUAUCUCUUACCGUCAAGCGAGCCUUCAUUCACACCGUGCGCGACUUAUGUCAUCACACAGCCGCAUGUUGGAAUGCUCACACGGGAGUGGGCUUCUGGUGCCGUUGGGCCUAAAGUGAUGGCGUGAGCGCACUCCUCUAAGCUCUGUCAGCUUCAGCGGUCUCACAGAAUUGUGCAGAAUCAUCGGCGUACAAUUGCCACAUGUCAAAGGAAACCUCGAUUAUUGUUUUGUUUACUUCUGCACAGGGUUUUCGUGGUUGGACCGUGUGUUGUUCGGCACGAAAGUCCGACGUUUCGCCCCGUGUGCUGGGAGCGGAUUGCCGAAUAUCGCGCGGAACAACACGCUGUACAACCGAAAAAAGGAAAAAAAUAAUGCAUCGCAGAACUGAACCUGAUUGAUUUGAUUUACUAUAUUUUUUUACGGUGAUCAUCGUUUUCAAGACAAAUAUGCAAGCGUCAACUCCCCCUUCUUCACGUCAUGCCUUGCGCCGCUACAAAUUGUGUUUACAGGCUGCAGCGCCCCAUGGUGAAUCGUUACAAACCCGAUGCCUUAACCGUUGCGAUGCAGCGUGGAGUGCAAGGGAAUGGUUGACGGUGCCACCCCCCCCCCCCCGUUGUCCCCCCGUUAUUCUCCCAUUGUCCCCCUGUUGUCCCUCUAUUGUCCCCCACCCCCCCUGCAUCGUCGUCCCUGUUGUCGCCCCAUUGUCUCCCUGUCAUCCCCCCGUUGUCCCCCAUCCACACCUCCUGGGGUGGGUGGGGGGGGGGCAAUAGACCUCCCCCCUCCCUUAGCCCAUGGACCUGAACAGAAUUGGUUCCCACUGAAGAUGGCAAAUAUUCAACCGUACCAGUUUCCUCUACGUGGCGAAUCAAAGCGGAUUAUGUGAUAAUGUGCUCGGUAAAUAACAACGCCUGUGAUAAUAUCGAAUUGUGUAUUGGCGUACAAUUAGCGUCCAAUCUGGGACCCCGUGUCGUGACACAGAGGGCUCCGUGCCGAAACGAUCGGCAGUUUCGCCAGCAUUGGAUACAAGGAGGCCUGACUCCGCUGACGAGGCGCCGUUUGUCGAAACCGGUCCAGACUUUGGGGCCGUCCAUAAAUGACGUCACGCACCUGGG